AUGGAAUUUGAUUCCAUGAGACACAUAAGUGCUGAAGACAGUGCUGAAGACAGUGCUGAAGACAGUGCUGAAGACAGUGCUGAAGACAGUGCUGAAGACAGUGCUGAAGACAGUGCUGAAGACAGUGCUGAAGACAGUGCUGAAGACAGUGCUGAAGACAGUGCUGAAGACAGUGCUGAAGACAGUGCUGAAGACAGUGCUGAAGACAGUGCUGAAGACAGUGCUGAAGACAGUGCUGAAGACAGUGCUGAAGACAGUGCUGAAGACAGUGCUGAAGACAGUGCUGAAGACAGUGCUGAAGACAGUGCUGAAGACAGUGCUGAAGACAGUGCUGAAGACAGUGCUGAAGACAGUGCUGAAGACAGUGCUGAAGACAGUGCUGAAGACAGUGCUGAAGACAGUGCUGAAGACAGUGCUGAAGACAGUGCUGAAGACAGUGCUGAAGACAGUGCUGAAGACAGUGCUGAAGACAGUGCUGAAGACAGUGCUGAAGACAGUGCUGAAGACAGUGCUGAAGACAGUGCUGAAGACAGUGCUGAAGACAGUGCUGAAGACAGUGCUGAAGACAGUGCUGAAGACAGUGCUGAAGACAGUGCUGAAGACAGUGCUGAAGACAGUGCUGAAGACAGUGCUGAAGACAGUGCUGAAGACAGUGCUGAAGACAGUGCUGAAGACAGUGCUGAAGACAGUGCUGAAGACAGUGCUGAAGACAGUGCUGAAGACAGUGCUGAAGACAGUGCUGAAGACAGUGCUGAAGACAGUGCUGAAGACAGUGCUGAAGACAGUGCUGAAGACAGUGCUGAAGACAGUGCUGAAGACAGUGCUGAAGACAGUGCUGAAGACAGUGCUGAAGACAGUGCUGAAGACAGUGCUGAAGACAGUGCUGAAGACAGUGCUGAAGACAGUGCUGAAGACAGUGCUGAAGACAGUGCUGAAGACAGUGCUGAAGACAGUGCUGAAGACAGUGCUGAAGACAGUGCUGAAGACAGUGCUGAAGACAGUGCUGAAGACAGUGCUGAAGACAGUGCUGAAGACAGUGCUGAAGACAGUGCUGAAGACAGUGCUGAAGACAGUGCUGAAGACAGUGCUGAAGACAGUGCUGAAGACAGUGCUGAAGACAGUGCUGAAGACAGUGCUGAAGACAGUGCUGAAGACAGUGCUGAAGACAGUGCUGAAGACAGUGCUGAAGACAGUGCUGAAGACAGUGCUGAAGACAGUGCUGAAGACAGUGCUGAAGACAGUGCUGAAGACAGUGCUGAAGACAGUGCUGAAGACAGUGCUGAAGACAGUGCUGAAGACAGUGCUGAAGACAGUGCUGAAGACAGUGCUGAAGACAGUGCUGAAGACAGUGCUGAAGACAGUGCUGAAGACAGUGCUGAAGACAGUGCUGAAGACAGUGCUGAAGACAGUGCUGAAGACAGUGCUGAAGACAGUGCUGAAGACAGUGCUGAAGACAGUGCUGAAGACAGUGCUGAAGACAGUGCUGAAGACAGUGCUGAAGACAGUGCUGAAGACAGUGCUGAAGACAGUGCUGAAGACAGUGCUGAAGACAGUGCUGAAGACAGUGCUGAAGACAGUGCUGAAGACAGUGCUGAAGACAGUGCUGAAGACAGUGCUGAAGACAGUGCUGAAGACAGUGCUGAAGACAGUGCUGAAGACAGUGCUGAAGACAGUGCUGAAGACAGUGCUGAAGACAAAGGCAAGGAGAAGAAGGCAAGGAGAAGAAGGCAAGGAGAAGAAGGCAAGGAGAAGAAGGCAAGGAGAAGAAGGCAAGGAGAAGAAGGCAAGGAGAAGAAGGCAAGGAGAAGAAGGCAAGGAGAAGAAGGCAAGGAGAAGAAGGCAAGGAGAAGAAGGCAAGGAGAAGAAGGCAAGGAGAAGAAGGCAAGGAGAAGAAGGCAAGGAGAAGAAGGCAAGGAGAAGAAGGCAAGGAGAAGAAGGCAAGGAGAAGAAGGCAAGGAGAAGAAGGCAAGGAGAAGAAGGCAAGGAGAAGAAGGCAAGGAGAAGAAGGCAAGGAGAAGAAGGCAAGGAGAAGAAGGCAAGGAGAAGAAGGCAAGGAGAAGAAGGCAAGGAGAAGAAGGCAAGGAGAAGAAGGCAAGGAGAAGAAGGCAAGGAGAAGAAGGCAAGGAGAAGAAGGCAAGGAGAAGAAGGCAAGGAGAAGAAGGCAAGGAGAAGAAGGCAAGGAGAAGAAGGCAAGGAGAAGAAGGCAAGGAGAAGAAGGCAAGGAGAAGAAGGCAAGGAGAAGAAGGCAAGGAGAAGAAGGCAAGGAGAAGAAGGCAAGGAGAAGAAGGCAAGGAGAAGAAGGCAAGGAGAAGAAGGCAAGGAGAAGAAGGCAAGGAGAAGAAGGCAAGGAGAAGAAGGCAAGGAGAAGAAGGCAAGGAGAAGAAGGCAAGGAGAAGAAGGCAAGGAGAAGAAGGCAAGGAGAAGAAGGCAAGGAGAAGAAGGCAAGGAGAAGAAGGCAAGGAGAAGAAGGCAAGGAGAAGAAGGCAAGGAGAAGAAGGCAAGGAGAAGAAGGCAAGGAGAAGAAAGCAAGGAGAAGAAAGCAAGGAGAAGAAGGCAAGGGGAAAAACUGUAUACAAGUACAAGGCAAACAUACAAGAAGAUAAUAAUAACAACAACAACAAGAAAAUACAAGUAGAUAAUAAUAACAACAACAACAAGAAAAUACAAGAAGAUAAUAAUAAUAACAACAACAACAAUAAAAUACAAGAAGAUAAUAAUAAUAACAACAACAACAAUAAAAUACAAGAAGAUAAUAAUAAUAACAACAACAACAAUAAAAUACAAGAAGAUAAUAAUAAUAACAACAACAACAAUAAAAUACAAGAAGAUAAUAAUAAUAACAACAACAACAAUAAAAUACAAGAAGAUAAUAAUAAUAACAACAACAACAAUAAAAUACAAGAAGAUAAUAAUAAUAACAACAACAACAAUAAAAUACAAGAAGAUAAUAAUAAUAACAACAACAACAAUAAAAUACAAGAAGAUAAUAAUAAUAACAACAACAACAAGAAAAUACAAGAAGAUAAUAAUAAUAACAACAACAACAAGAAAAUACAAGAAGAUAAUAAUAAUAACAACAACAACAAGAAAAUACAAGAAGAUAAUAAUAAUAACAACAACAACAAGAAAAUACAAGAAGAUAAUAAUAAUAACAACAACAACAACAAGAAAAUACAAGAAGAUAAUAAUAAUAACAACAACAACAAGAAAAUACAAGAAGAUAAUAAUAAUAACAACAACAACAAGAAAAUACAAGAAGAUAAUAAUAAUAACAACAACAACAAGAAAAUACAAGAAGAUAAUAAUAAUAACAACAACAACAAGAAAAUACAAGAAGAUAAUAAUAAUAACAACAACAACAAGAAAAUACAAGAAGAUAAUAAUAAUAACAACAACAACAAGAAAAUACAAGAAGGGGAGACGGUUGUAGAGCCCUCCAUCCUUCACUGUGAUGACGUGUGUUUAUUGCAUGGUUACCACUGGGGUGUGUCAUGUACCAAAGCAUUAGCAUGUAGAAAUAUUUUCUGGCCAGGCAUUGAUGGGCAAAUGGUGAAGGUUGUAAUGGCACACCAACAGUGUGACACCCAUCAGCAGGCUCUGCACACUUCCUCGUCACCGUGGCCAGAUCCAUAG